AAAAUGACUGACGUCAGGCUGUGAAAGGUCGCGCAGUGCUUCCAAAGGUCCUGAAGUUCCAAAGUCCAUCCACUUGCUUUUUCCCUUGCAAUGACAACAGCAACACAGCCGCAAGCUCCCAGAAUUAGAAUUAGAGGCAAGGACCACCAUGAAGGCACGCCCUGUGAGGAGCUGCGAUAUGCAGAGAAUACCAGGACCACCAAGCUUGCUGGCAGUGUUGGGAGUGGUUGGCCUUCUAACGGUGCGACCAACCACAGCUUUUGUGCGGCCGCCUGUGACAAGAAUUUCGUCAGUGCCAGAACCAAGAAAAGACAGCUUGGGUCUCUCUCUCAAUGAUGACUGGGCCGAUCUCACCAGUCGACUAGCGGGAGCGACAGCCAAGGUCACGACAACAAUUCCCACUGUUCCAAAUGACAAUGUUGCUUCGCCACAACCAUCUUUGGGCUUGUUUUUCGAUACAGAUGACUUUGUUUCUUCACUCAUCAAGCCGGCAUUGUCGAGUUUAGAAUCCACCAUGGCAGAAACGUCAGCAUUGAUCCUGGCUCUGCCAUUGGUAGCCAAAGUUGGUCUUGCUCUACUGCCGCUCGCUGCGGUCUUGUUUACGGUACUCUACAACAUGGCACUCGCGGCACCCGAUGAUUUUCGCCAGGGCAUGGAACCCUAUGCCAGGGGCAUGUAUGACCCCAUUCAAGCCAAGGCGUAUUACUCUCGACACCAGCUGUUGGUAUUGCAACGAGCAUCACAAGUCUUUCGACUAUCCAACGGUUUCCUCUACAAUCUACUCUUUGACAAGUACAUUCUGCGAGACGAAGAAACCAAUCGAGUACAGCGGGCCGAGGAACUCCUCGCAUUGGUCACCAAAUUGGGACCCACAGCCAUCAAGAUUGGACAAGCGCUCAGUGUGCGCCCCGACUUGAUACCAGCAGAAUACGCCAAGGCAUUGUCCAGCUUGCAGGAUCAAGUUCCGCCAUUUGACGGACAAGCCGCCAAGGACAUUUUGAGACUCGAGUUGGGACCGGAAAAGUACUCUCACUUGAAAGAUUUCCCAUUCAUGAGCAGAGGGAGUGGCCCCGUGGCGUCGGCAUCCAUUGGGCAAGUCUACCGAGGAUUCAUUGACUCCCAGGAGGUGGCAGUGAAGGUUCAGCGUCCAAAUGUCCUGGCGGAAAUUGCAUUGGAUCUGCAUCUGGUGCGCGAAUUUGCUCCACUCUACAAGAAACUGACACGAACAGCCAGUGACCUGCAGGGAUUAACCGACGAGUGGGGAAGAGGCUUUAUUGCCGAGUUGGACUAUCGCAGAGAGGCUGCCAGUACCAUUCGAUUCACGGAAGAAAUGCAAAAGAGAAAUCUCAAUGCCGUCAGUGCCCCAACCGUGAUUACAGACUACAGCACCGAACAGAUUCUGGUCACAGAAUGGAUUGACGGGGUACGCAUUGACAAGAGUGACGCGGAUGAUGUGCCUCGAUUGUGUGCUGUGGCCUUGAAUGCGUAUCUGGUCAUGUUGCUCGAGCUGCAAAGUCUGCACUGUGACCCUCAUCCCGGUAAUCUUUUGCGGACCAAAGACGGAACCCUGAUCAUUUUGGACUUUGGUAUGACUUUGGACAUUGAUCCGAGCUUGCAAUACUCUUUGCUCGAGUAUGUGGCACACUUGACCAGCAACGACUAUGAUAAACUUCCCGAGGACUUGGUGGCCCUUGGUUUCUUGAAGGAAGAAAAGCUUGAUUUUGUGAGGCGCAGUGGCGUACUAGAACCACUCAAGUACUUCCUGAGACAGGCGGGAGAAGGCGGAGGAGCCAAAAAAGUGAGAAAUCGCAUCUUUGCGGAAUAUCGUGAGAAGUUUCCUGGCCUCAGUGACGAUGAACUUCGAGUUGAAAUGAGGUCAGAGAUGAAGGCCAGGGUACAAGACAUGGCAGAGCGCGAAGGUGCUGUGACGGGCCUCACGGUGGAGGUAGAGGAUUUGCAGCGUCGAAACAGAGACUCUUUCCGUAUCCCAGAAUGGUUCUUGUAUACCUCCAGGGCCUUUCUCACUCUGGAAGGAGUUAGUUUGCAGGCAGAUGAGGAUUUUUCAAUCAUAAAGUCAUGCUUCCCAUACGUUGCAAAACGACUUCUUGUGGACGAUUCACCCAGGGCGCAAGAUGCUCUUCGUGAACUCCUGUAUGGAGCAGAGAAUCAAAUAGAUUCGAAGCGACUGGUGGACCUCGCAGAUGGUUUCUCGACCUACACGACAACCACAAAGGAAACACAGCUGGAUAAUGGGUUGGUGCUUGACGGACAAAGUGACGAAUCACCAGCACGACCCAUGACUCUAUCUGAGCGCAAAAACAGGUUGGCAGAAACAGAAGCUACAGUUACGCUGGCCAAAAAUUCGGCGGAUAUUCUUCUUAGUAGAGAAGGCAGUUUGGUUCAGACUCUCUUAUUGGAAGAGUCUGUUCGGGCAACUUCGGCCCAGAUCAAAGACGAGCUACGGAAUCUCCUCGUUGAUGGGCCAAAGAAAUUUCGGGACACGGUGCCGUUUGGCUCGUUUCUGCCUCCACUCCCCUUCGAGGAACAACUAGCACCCUUUGUGGGAAAGUCAGAGGAAGAAAUCCGAGCCCAGCAACUGGCAGAAAAGGUACUGUCGCUCGUGUCACAACAACAGCUGGACAAAAUUCGAAACGGUGGCAGCAGUGAGGAUUCAAAUUCUAUGGAUUCGUCACCCCCCGCGGCACUCAGUACUGUGAUCAAUGAGGUCGAACCAGAACAAUUGGCAAUUCUGUCUAGGGAACUACGGGAAAGUGCGCCCAGGUAUCUACCUCUGGUGGGAUUGCUGGGAGCCAAAUUCUCCUCAGCAUUGCUAGAGACAGCCAGUGAUAACAUCGACGCGGCACUCGCCUCCUUGGAACAAGACAGCAACGGACGCAAUCCUGCUGAAGAAUUGACCAAGGUGACAGCACGGGGAUUGUCGACUAUUGCUAAACGGGGUGCUAGUACCAUCACAGAUCAAGUUGUCAAUACAAUUCCCAAUGAUGGGCCGAACUGA